CCGACGCCACUUCCUGGGCGUGGCCUGUCCGCGUUCCUCAACUCUUCGCUCGGGCUGCGGGAGUGAGAGGCUGCCGCUGUGGAUCGUGGACCGGAGGAAAGACAUGUAUCAGUUAUGCGCCACAGAAGCCAGAGAUCCACUCAGUAACGAGUCCGGUAAACGGUCAUGAUUCCCAUCACCGAGCUGCGAUACUUCGCUGAUACACAGCCGGCGUAUCGGAUUCUGAAACCAUGGUGGGACGUGUUCACGGACUACAUCUCCAUCGUGAUGCUGAUGAUCGCGGUGUUCGGCGGCACGCUGCAGGUCACGCAGGACAAAAUGAUCUGCCUGCCGUGCAAAUGGGUGGUGAACCAGACCUGCGAGCAGCUCAACGUCAGCGUGCCGCUCAACCCCGAGCCCAAGGGCAUCCAGUACGACCUCGACAGGCACCAGUACAACUACGUGGACGCCGUGUGCUACGAGAACACGCUGCACUGGUUCGCCAAGUACUUCCCGUAUCUGGUGCUGCUGCACACGCUCAUCUUUCUGGCGUGCAGUAACUUCUGGUUCAAGUUUCCGCGGACCAGUUCGAAGCUGGAGCACUUCGUGUCCAUCCUGCUGAAGUGCUUCGACUCGCCCUGGACGACGCGGGCGCUCUCGGAGACGGUGGUGGAGGAGAGCGACCCGAAGCCGGCCGGGAAGAUGAACGGCUCGAUGGAUAAGAAGGCUUCCAGCGUCAGCGACCAGGACGUGGAGGCGAGCGUUCCCAUGCUGCAGAGGACCAAGUCCCGCAUCGAGCAGGGCAUCGUGGAUCGCUCCGAGACCGGCGUGCUGGAUAAGAAAGAAGGAGAGCAGGCCAAAGCUCUGUUUGAGAAGGUGAAGAAGUUUCGUAUCCACGUGGAGGAGGGCGACAUCGUCCACCGCCUUUACAUCCGCCAAAUCAUCAUCAAAGUCAUCCAGUUCUUGAUCAUCAUCUGCUACACCAUGUACUACGUGCAGAACAUCAAUUUCAGCGUGCCGUGCACCGUGGACAUCGAGCGGCUGACCGGCUACCGCACGUACCACUGCGCGCACCCGCUGGCCACGCUCUUCAAGAUCCUGGCCUGCUUCUACAUCAGCCUGGUGGUGGUGUACGGCCUCAUCUGCAUGUACACGCUGUACUGGAUCAUCAGCCGCUCGCUGAAGCGCUACUCCUUCGAGUCCAUCCGCGAGGAGAGCAGCUACAGCGACAUCCCCGACGUCAAGAACGACUUCGCCUUCAUGCUGCACAUGAUCGAUCAGUACGACCCGCUGUACUCCAAGCGCUUCGCCGUCUUCCUGUCCGAGGUCAGCGAGAACAAACUGCGGCAGCUCAACCUGAAUAACGAGUGGACUCUGGAGAAACUCCGGCAGAGGAUCACCAAAAACUCACAGGAGAAGCUGGAGCUGCACCUCUUCAUGCUGAGCGGCAUCCCGGACACCGUGUUCGACCUGGUCGAGCUGGAGGUGCUGAAGCUGGAGCUGAUCCCUGACGUCACGAUCCCGCCCAUCAUCGCACAGCUGUCUAACCUGAGGGAGAUGUGGCUUUAUCACACGCCGGCGAGGAUCGAGGCGCCCGCCCUGGCCUUCCUCCGCGAGAACCUCAAAUCACUACACAUAAAGUUCACAGACAUUAAGGAGAUCCCGCUGUGGAUCUACAGCCUCAAGAACCUCAGCGAGCUCCAUCUGACGGGGAACCUCAGCGCCGAGAACAACCGCUUCAUCGUCAUCGACGGCCUGCGGGAGCUCAAGAGGCUCAAGGUCCUGCGGCUCAAGAGCAACCUCACGAAGCUGCCUCAGGUGGUGACGGACGUCGGCGUUCACUUGCAGAAGCUCUCCAUCAAUAACGAAGGGACUAAACUGAUGGUUCUGAACAGUCUGAAGAAGAUGGUGAACCUGACGGAGCUGGAGCUGGUGCGCUGUGAUCUCGAGCGGAUCCCUCACUCCAUAUUCAGCCUCCACAACCUACAGGAGAUCGACCUGAAAGACAACAACCUGAAGACCAUCGAGGAGAUCAUCAGCUUCCAGCACCUCCACAGGCUGGUGUGCCUCAAGCUCUGGUACAACCAGAUCGCCUACAUCCCCAUCCAGAUCGGCACCCUCACCAACCUGGAGCGCCUCUACCUGAACCGCAACAAGAUCGAGAAGAUUCCCGCCCAGCUCUUCUUCUGCAGGAAGCUGCGCUACCUGGACCUCAGUCACAACAACCUGACGGGCAUCCCGGCGGACAUCGGCUUCCUCCAGAACCUGCAGUACUUCGCGGUGACGGCCAACAGAAUCGAGGCGCUGCCGCCCGAGUUGUUCCAGUGUAAGAAGCUGCGGACGCUGAAUCUGGGAAAUAACUGCCUUACGGUGCUGCCGUCACGUUUCGGGGAGCUCACCGGCCUCAUGCAGCUGGAGCUCCGCGGGAACCGUCUGGAGGGAUUACCGGUGGAGCUCUCCGAGUGUCGCCUUCUCAAGCGCUCGGGGCUGAUCGUGGAAGAGGACCUCUUCAACACCCUGCCGCCGGAGGUCAAGGAACAGCUGUGGAGAACCGAUAAAGAACAGACCUAAAGACGUAGUCCUGCUCGCCCUCGGCCCGUUAAAGAUGUAGAGGAGUUCGUUUCUCCAUCAGAUGCAGUGAAUGGGUGCCGUCGUAAAACAUUAUUCAUACCACUCCAGUGCAGCAGUUAAUACGUUUAUGCAUGCAAGCAGCUCUUGGUCUGUGCGUACUUCGCUCCUAAUUCAGUCGAGAUGAUAUUUAAGCAACAUUAUGGAUUAUGGACUCCUAUUUUAGCCGAAAUCGAUGCUUAAGAAGACAUUAUUAACCGAUGGACUGGAGUGGUCAGGAUUACUGGGAUGUUUUUAUCGGCUCGUUCUGACGGCACCCAUUCACUGCAGAGCAUCCGCUUGCAUUUCUCCAAAUCCGAUGAACAAACGAACCCCUCUCCGUCUUUGAUAACUGCCCGUCAUCGUAUUUGGGUGAACUAAGCGGAGGUUCUGCUUUCGAUUGAAUUUUUUUAAAUCGUUUUUAUUUGGCCGAUGAUGUUUGUUCUCCGUAUGAAGGGAGGUUGAAGUACAGCGCCAUCUGUGCUUAGAAACAUAAACUGAUACACUCACUAAAACACACACACACACACUUUUUUUGCGAGGUCAAGACGUGUGUGUACUGCCCCCUACAGGCACGGAGGGGCAUGCACAUAAACGACGACUACAUGGUGAACAUGUGGAUGCGAGUGCCUAUGUUAAAGCUGCGGCAUUAUGGGAAUGAUUAGAUAUAACAAGCAAUAUGUGGUUUGUGCAUUAUGUACUUAGCAGCUGCGUCCAAUCAGGGAAGAGUCGACCGUUUAUGAAUGUGCCAGCUGAGUUAUCCAAUACGUAAAAUGUACAGUUUUAGAGACGGCGCCCACCGAAUUAAAUGCCAAAAAAAAGGUCACAUACGAAAUCUGCUACUUGUAUACGCUUUUAAAGACUAUGAAUAUGUUGCCACGAACGUCUCGCUGAAAUCUUACACUCCACAGACUCUACACAAAGACAUAGAAACCACGAACUCGCGUGACUUGCACGUCGCAUUCCCAUUGGUCGACUUUUCGAAAGGGAGCGAUGACGUCACGGCGACCGUCGCCGUAGCAACGUUCCCACACUAUCAUGGCCUUAACUCUCUCUCUGAGCCGUACGCUGGAGCUCAUCUCAAAGAUAAAGUGUACAUUUUUGCGUUUAUAAGUUUUAUAAUUUUACAAAAAAAUAAGACAAAGAACAAAAAGAGAGCAUGGACUCGUGCAAACCGUUUGUGUGUUUGCGAGAAAAACAAUCCUAUGCGUUAAUGUAUCUUUUUUUUUUUUUUUUUUUUUUUUAUAUGUAUGUGUUCAUAUGAUUUUUUAAUUUUUUAUUUGAACUUUUUUCUUUUUGUUCAGGAGAUUGCCUAAUGUACACAGUAUGGCUUUAAACAAAACCAAGUAAAGACUUCUGUUGAA